AUGGAGGGGGUAACUGUAGGGCACGUAUUUGACGCCGAAUGCAUCCUCAACAAACGUCCACGAAAGGUAUGAAAUAACGUAUCUUAUCAUAAUAUGAAAACAUUAGACCCUGUUCAAUCGUUUAACGCUUUUCCCAAUCGUCUCCUUUGCAGGGGAAGUUUGAGUAUUUGGUGAAGUGGAGAGGGUGGUCGUCCAAGUGAGUAGCUAUUUAGCAAGCAGCUGGCUGAGCUAAACAAUGACAACAAUGUAGCCCUUGAGCCCCUGCAACCUAGGAUUUAUUUUACAUCCGUAGUAUUUACAAUCGGAGAAUGUUCCCGUGGCUUUGGAUAGACUGCAUGAUGCAUGGAAGAAAGACGAUGGUGUUCGCCGUUUCUGUGUCUUGCUUUAUUUUCUUUAGCCCGAGCAGCUUAUAUUACGGUGCCAAAUCGGUAUCCAGUAACGUGAGCAGGCAUCAUCCUACUACGGUAGCGAACUGUAGCAGCGGAAUAUGGAACGCCCACUAUUUUCAUGCACCCGUGCUUUCGUCGUGAUUUACCAGUUUACCAAUAAUGUUGCUUAACGAAACCAUCUUUGAUGUAGCUGAAUGUAAAUCUCCGAGCAAACGCUCCAGUUUCAGCCAUUUACACUUUUACGCUAGCCCUAAACGAUGAACAGCUACCCUCUCAAUAUUUGCUAUUAUUCAGCAAAUAUUCUUAAUAUUUUAUUUAGACACAACGUGAAUUAUGUUUGUUUUUGAUAUGAUGCUACUAUUUCUGACAUUGUAUCUGAAAAAGGCGAUACCCCCCAUUUAAACUAGAUGCAACUGAACAGAGAAUUCAUGGUUUGACAUUAUAUUUGCAAUGUCUCUCUACUGUGCUCUAAUAAACUGUUUUAUAAUGUCGGGUUUUCUUUACAGACAUAACAGUUGGGAGCCUGAAGAGAAUAUUCUGGACCCCAGAUUACUGGCUGCCUUCCAUAAGAGGUGUGUUAUUAAUAUCAUACUACAGCGGUUCAGUUUUGAAAAGAACACAUUCAUAUUUAAUGUUAGCUACAUGGUGUAUUAGACCUGCCCUGGUCAAAUACAUCCUUCCUCCUUUCUUUCCUUCCUCCCAUGCUUGAAGCAAUCACUUAUAUCUGACUUAAUCAUAUUGAUUAAAUCAAUUAAACAGAACCCAUACUUUCACUUAUCCAGCUAUUAGAUCAAUAGUCUCUUCAAGUAAGGAAGGAUGCAUUUUUAAAGAGACAGAACAUUGUCACUGACCGUAUCAGACUCCAUGUAUGUGUGUACCUUCUACAGAGAGCAAGAGAGGGACCUACUCUUCCGUAAGAGAGGGAAGAGGCCAAGGGGACGUCCACGGAAAAUUCUGGUAAUCAUCACACUGUUGCUGCUAUUCAAACAUAUAAGAUGUAGUCACGACUCACUACAACAAAAUGCAGCAAAUUAACUUCCCUUUGUCAUGUUAAUUAUACUUGUAAUGUCUUCUCAAUGAUUGAUCCAUUAUAUUUACAACCAACAACAGUAGCAGGAAUCCAUUUGUUUGUUUGGAUGAUAAUGCAUGCGUACAGUACAAACCUUUCUCUCUCCAUGUCUUUAGGAACCAGAGCCAACUGAAACCAAAUCUGACCGCUCCUCCUCUUCAUCCGGCCUGUCCUCCUCUCCCUCCUCCUCUUCCUCAGAAGAAGAAGAGGAAGAUGAAGACCACAGGAAGAAGGCAAAACCGGGUCCUCGCCUCCGCAACCUCUACCCCGUCCCCCAGAAGAGGCCCCAAAUUGUGGUGGCCAAGAAUGAGCCCGUCCGGAAAAAGCGCGGGAGAAAACCGCUGCUCCCCGAGCUGAGGGCUUUGAGACAGGCAAAGACCCGGCCGCCCCUCCCGCCCCCUCCUCCUUCUCGCCACCACCAGGUUCUCAGGCCCCCCCGCGAGCCCUUCAAAGAGGAACCCCAAGGGGGGGUGAAGAAGCCUCUGCAGCCAGCCAGUUUCACUUACACUGGCCUGAGCUCCAGCCGGGGCUCCAGAGAUGAGGUGGCACCCCAGGGGGCUGCUGGAGGGGCCUUCUUCCAGGCAGGGGCCUCCAAACCUGGGCCGCUGAACUCCAUAUGGUCAGGUUGCUCCAUGUCGACCAACACCGCCACCCCAUCCUCUCCAUCCUCCGCUUCCUCUCUCAGCAGACCUCCCCCGCCUUACAGUAAGGGCUCGUCAGAGCUGAAGCGCUCCCUCUCUGUCUCCGACGCCAGCAGUGGCAGAGCAGAAGGGAUCAAGGGGGUAUCUAAAACCAGGGGUAUCCACAUCACUCUGUCUCCACAGCUCCAAGACAUCCAGUGGGUUCGGGGGCUCUCCGGCGGCAUGUAGCCCAGCUCAGCGCUUCCCAGCUGGGCAGAGGAGGCAGCAGGAGGGCCCUGGAGGUCAGGCGGGAAUGGUGGUUCAGCAGCAGGGAGCCAAACCCACCUCCCCUACCCCUCCCUCGGCCAGAGACCGCAUCAGUCAGGCCCUCAGCCUCCGAGCUCUCAACCUGCAGAGCGUCAAAAAAAUUGCGCCCGGCAAUGGUCUCCAGGGAAACGGAACCUCCGGCACCACUGGAGUUGCAGUUUCGAGGUUGAGCCUGAGAAGCAGUGCCAGCCCGGCAGGAAAAGGAGCAGGGGGAAGCAUUAAAGAGACGCACACCUCGUCUGGGCUGAACCAGGGCCUGGCGUCGGGAGGGUUAGGGGGAGGGGCACUGCACUCUGGAAGCGUUCCACCAGCCAGAGAGGAGAGGGGGGAGAGUGGGAAGGACACUGGGGCAGAGACGGAGAGAGAGAUGGACAGCAAGGGACUAGGGGGUGUAGGGAGGGGGAAUGGAAGAGUGGAGAAAGGGGGGAGUGUACAGGCACAGGGAGGCGUGUCCACGGCCCGCAGAGGCGGAGCUAACGGGGGGAGACAGGAAGACAGGAAGUCAGGACAGAGCCUUACCGUUAAUGACCGGAACUCCCGGAGCGGCGACAACUCCCGGACCCUUAACGAGCUCAGCACGGGUGACUCAGACGACACCAGCAGCAGCGAAUCAGAAGAGUGCGACUCCUCCCCCUAUCCCGACAACAACAACAACGGGGCCCGCCUGGUCUCUAUGGAGAUGGAAACGGAGACGGACUGGCGGCCAGCGCGGAGCCUUCUAGAACACGUGUUUGUCACUGAUGUCACCGCCAACUUCGUCACGGUAACAGUGAAGGAGUCGCCGACAAGCGUGGGGUUCUUCAACGUCCGCAAUCACUAA